CGCCAUUCACUGUGAACCAUCGAAAGCGCUGAAGUCUUUUCGACAUGAAUCUAAGAGCAAGUGUGUUAACGACCGUGUGGGUCCUAGUUGCUGUAACUGCAGUCGACGCAUCACCUGUAGGUGACUGUCCGCCAGUAGAUGCGCUGGAUCACACAGACCAUCUACCAGACAGCACAAACUGUUCACUUUUCUACAAAUGUGAUCACGCAGCACCUGUAUUGUUUAUAUGUCCUGAUGGACUCCACUUCAACCCUGUGCUGGAAGUAUGUGACUGGCCAGACCGUGCAGGCUGUUCAGGUGCAUCACCAUCAACUGUAGCACCAAGCUCAUCCUCAGCUGCUCCUACAAGUGCUGCCACAACAGCAGCUCCAACGGCAGCACCAAGCUCAUCCACAGCUGCUCCUACAAGUGCUGCCACCACAGCAGCUCCAACGGCAGCACCCAGCUCAACAGCCAAUCCGACAUCUGCUCCAUCAGAAGACUGCCCAGCAGUCGGCACCUGCCCACAAUAUGAAGAUGAGAACUCUAUUGCUAAGCACCUCCCCCACGCAACAAACUGCAGCCAAUUCUGUAAAUGUGACCAUGGAAAACCUGUCACAUUCGACUGUCCUGCUGGACUCCACUUCAACCCUACACUGGAAGUAUGUGACUGGCCAGACCAAGCAGGCUGUUCAGGUGGAUCAGCAUCAACUGCAGCUCCCAGCUCUUCCACAGCUGCUCCUACAAGUGCUGCCACUACAGCAGCUCCAACGGCAGCACCAAGCUCAUCCACAGCUGCUCCUACAAGUGCUGCCACCACAGCAGCUCCAACGGCAGCACCAAGCUCAACAGCCAAUCCGACAUCUGCUCCAUCAGGAGGUUGCCCAGCAGUCGGCACCUGCCCACAAUAUCAAGAUGAGAACUCUAUUGCUAAACACCUCCCCCAUGCCACAAACUGCAGCCAGUUCUGUAAAUGUGACCAUGGAAAACCUGUCACAUUCGACUGUCCUGCUGGACUCCACUUCAACCCUACACUAGAGGUAUGUGACUGGCCAGACCAAGCAGGCUGUUCUGGUGGAUCAGCGUCAACUGCAGCUCCCAGUUCAUCCACAGCUGCUCCCACAAGUGCAGCCACUACAGCAGCUCCAACUGCAGCACCAAGCUCAUCAACAGCUGCUCCUACAAGUGCUGCCACUACUGCAGCUCCAACGGCAGCACCAAGCUCAUCCACAGCUGCUCCUACAAGUGCUGCCACUACAGCAGCUCCAACGGCAGCACCAAGCUCAACAGCCAAUCCGACAUCUGCUCCAUCAGGAGACUGCCCAGCAGUCGGCACCUGCCCACAAUAUGAAGAUGAGAACUCUAUUGCUAAGCACCUCCCCCAUGCCACAAACUGCAGCCAGUUCUGUAAAUGUGACCAUGGAAAACCUGUCACAUUCGACUGUCCUGCUGGACUCCACUUCAACCCUACGCUAGAGGUAUGUGACUGGCCAGACCAAGCAGGCUGUUCUGGUGGAUCAGCGUCAACUGCAGCUCCCAGUUCAUCCACAGCUGCUCCCACAAGUGCAGCCACUACAGCAGCUCCAACUGCAGCACCAAGCUCAUCAACAGCUGCUCCUACAAGUGCUGCCACUACUGCAGCUCCAACUGCAGCACCAAGCUCAUCGACAGCUGCUCCUACAAGUGCUGCCACCACAGCAGCUCCAACGGCAGCACCAAGCUCAACAGCCAAUCCAACAUCUGCUCCAUCAGGAGACUGCCCAGCAGUCGGCACCUGCCCACAAUAUGAAGAUGAGAACUCUAUUGCUAAGCACCUCCCCCAUGCCACAAACUGCAGCCAAUUCUGUAAAUGUGAUCAUGGAAAACCUGUCACAUUCGACUGUCCUGCUGGACUCCACUUCAACCCUACACUAGAGGUAUGUGAUUGGCCAGACCAGGCGGGCUGUUCAGGUGGAUCAGCGUCAACUGCAGCUCCCAGUUCAUCCACAGCUGCUCCCACAAGUGCAGCCACUACAGCAGCUCCAACAGCAGCACCAAGCUCAUCAACAGCUGCUCCUACAAGUGCUGCCACUACUGCAGCUCCAACGGCAGCACCAAGCUCAUCCACAGCUGCUCCUACAAGUGCUGCCACUACAGCAGCUCCAACGGCAGCACCAAGCUCAACAGCCAAUCCAACAUCUGCUCCAUCAGGAGACUGCCCAGCAGUCGGCACCUGCCCACAAUAUGAAGAUGAGAACUCUAUUGCUAAGCACCUCCCCCAUGCCACAAACUGCAGCCAAUUCUGUAAAUGUGAUCAUGGAAAACCUGUCACAUUCGACUGUCCUGCUGGACUCCACUUCAACCCUACACUAGAGGUAUGUGACUGGCCAGACCAGGCGGGCUGUUCAGGUGGAUCAGCGUCAACUGCAGCUCCCAGUUCAUCCACAGCUGCUCCCACAAGUGCAGCCACUACAGCAGCUCCUACAGCAGCACCAAGCUCAUCAACAUCUCCUCCUACAAGUGCUGCCACUACAGCAGCUCCAACGGCAGCACCAAGCUCAUCCACAGCUGCUCCUACAAGUGCUGCCACUACAGCAGCUCCAACGGCAGCACCGAGCUCAACAGCCAAUCCAACAUCUGCUCCAUCAGGAGGUUGCCCAGCCGUCGGCAGCUGCCCACAAUAUCAAGAUGAGAACUCUAUUGCUAAGCACCUUCCCCAUGCCACAAACUGCAGCCAGUUCUGUAAAUGUGACCAUGGAAAACCUGUCACAUUCGACUGUCCUGCUGGACUCCACUUCAACCCUACAUUAGAAGUAUGUGACUGGCCAGACCAAGCGGGCUGUUCAGGUGGAUCGCCAUCAACUGCAGCUCCUAGCUCAUCCUCAGCUGCUCCCACAAGUGCAGCUACUACAGCAGCUCCAACUGCAGCACCAAGCUCAUCAACAGCUGCUCCUACAAGUGCUGCCACUACAGAAGCUCCAACUGCAGCACCAAGCUCAUCGACAGCUGCUCCUACAAGUGCUGCCACUACAGCAGCUCCAACGGCAGCACCAAGCUCAACAGCCAAUCCAAUAGGAGACUGCCCAGCAGUCGGCAGCUGCCCACAAUAUGAAGAUGAGAACUCUAUCGCUAAGCACCUUCCCCAUUCAUCUGACUGCACCAAGUUCUGCAAAUGUGACCAUGGUACACCUGUUACAUUUGACUGCCCUGCUGGGCUCCAUUUCAACCCUACACUGGAAGUAUGUGACUGGCCAUACCGUGCUGGCUGUGCAAAUAGUUCAGCUUGAUAGGCAUGUGCUACCAAAAUGGCUACUAUAGCUUCAGCCUACCAAUAUGACUACUAUAGUUUCAGCCAAACUAAGUAGUGGUACACCUGGUAGAUCCACAGUGUUAUUCGCCAAUAAGACGCUUAUGAUUCAGUUUUACCUUGUCUUACAUAUUUUGAAGAUUCUAUUGUUAAGCAUCUCGGACGUUGAACCAACUGAGGUCUAUAUUACCUUUGCAGCCAUGGCGCAUCAAUCGCUGAAAUAUUUUCUUUUGAGCUGUUUUUCAGAAUGAAACUGUAUGUGUGAGACUCUCCUUUUGACUCUAUAUGUGACUAAGUGAAUAUCUAAUAGAUGUAUUUAUCUUUAAAUUUAUAUUUCUUUUUAUUCAUGCAACUGUGUAAUGUAGAAAAAUCAUUUCAUGAUACACAGCAGAGUGUUACGUUUAGUUUUACUGAACUCAUAUUUAGACUCUUUACAUAGACGUAGAAACGACAGAUGUCACAUAUAUAGAAAUGUUUUUUUUUGUC